AUGAUUCGUGCUGCUUUGGUAACUGGUGCUGCUCGAGGGAUAGGACGUGCAAUUGCUCUUCGGCUUGCUAAAGAUGGUUUCAAUGUUGCUGUUAAUGAUAUAGAAGCUAGUUCUUCUGAUCUUAAAAAAGUUCAACAAAAAAUCGAAGAAAUUGGUCGAAAAUCGAUCACUAUAAUUGCUGAUGUUUCUGACAGUAAAUCGGUCGAAAAAAUGAUGCAAGAGGCUGCAGAAAAAUUAGGAAAUCUAGACGUAGUAGUCGCAAAUGCAGGAAUUGGUGAGGUAAAAUCACUCUUGGAUACGGCUGUAGAAGAUUGGGAUAGAGUUUUUGCAGUAAACAUGCGUGGAGUAUUUCUUUGUUAG